CCUCCCCCACCACCCCAAGGGGAAGGAUGGCCUCCCUCCACCUCUUGGGGCUCCUCCCUCUCUAUCUCCUCUCUUUCUCCCUCCUCUGCGAUGUGUCCACCACAAUUGCCGCACCCCUCCCAACCUUCCGCGAGGCCCCAGCAUUUAGGAACAGUGAUUCGUGCAUGAACCCACGUCCGUCAGGACCAAUCCAUGUGGCCAUGACCCUCGAUGCGAAUUAUCUGAGGGGCUCUUUGGCAGCGGUCCUCUCCAUCUUACAGCAUGCAUCGUGCCCGCAGGACAUUACGUUCCACUUUUUGGCGUCGGGUAGGGAGUCGAAGCUCCAGUCCGCUCUCAAGGCGUCAUUCCCUUAUCUCUCCUUCUCCCUCCACCACUUUGAUCCAGCUAGGGUCAAGGCUCUGAUAUCAGCUUCGGUAAGAAGAGCCCUGGACCAGCCUCUCAAUUAUGCCAGGGCAUACCUGACCGCCAUCUUGCCAGCAAAUGUCAACCGUGUCGUCUACCUCGACUCAGACCUCAUUCUAGUGGACGACAUUUUCAAACUCUGGGAUGUCAACCUUAAAGGGAAAGUCCUCGGAGCACCGGAGUACUGUCAUGCAAAUUUCACGACCUAUUUUACCCCUGCAUUUUGGUCGGACCGAAAGCUGGCUGCCAGUUUUAGGGGGAGGAAGCCUUGCUACUUCAACACCGGGGUGAUGAUCAUAGACAUACAAAGGUGGAGACUUGGGAGCUACACUAGGAGAAUUGAGAAUUGGAUGGAGAUACAAAAAAAUAAGAGGAUAUAUGAGUUGGGUUCAUUGCCUCCAUUUUUGCUUGUUUUUGCGGGCAAUAUACAAGGUGUGGACCACAGGUGGAACCAGCAUGGGCUUGGGGGUGACAACCUUGAGGGCAAGUGCAGAGAUCUUCAUCCUGGACCUGUCAGCUUGCUGCAUUGGAGUGGAAAAGGAAAACCAUGGCUGCGGCUCGACGCACGAAGACCGUGCCCAAUCGACAGCCUUUGGGCACCUUAUGACCUCUUCCAAUCAUCUUCCCUCCGCUUCGACUUGUGAGGAAGCUAGAGGCAAAGAAAGCGAGAGCUGGAGCCAUAAUUCGUGCACAUAUGUUUUGGGGGUGGAUUCAUGGCGAGGGGAGUGAGUUCCACAAUCAAGCAUGACUCUCAUCAUGUUUCCAAGUACAGGGCAAAUGACCCUUUCGUUAAGCACGAGUAUAUUGUCAUCAUCAUCACCAUCACUGUAAUUGUUCUAACCAAUUAUCAUCAUCAUUUUUUCUAUUAUUUUGGAAAUCAGUAUCAAAUAUUCAAUUGAUUUCGGAGUUGAAAAAAAAAAAUGACCCGAGAUCUUUUCAGCAUUUUUUAUAUCGCAUUGGACCUAUUAAUAA